UCUCCAAGCCAGAGACCGCCGCGGAGCUCAAACCCUCUAUCAACUAUGGAUAUGUAACUUAAGGCGAAUCAAACUACCUCCAGAAGUUGUGUGAUUUUUGUAUCACCGGUUAUUUGUUAGAGGUGCAGAUUCUGAAUAGGCUGUUUUAAGUGGUCACGGUAGAAGUAAAUUCAAUUCACUGUUUUUUUUUUUCUCGCAAAAUGACCGCUGUUCUGGAUAGCCUUGGCUCGGAUAUGCAUUCAAACCAUAUUACCUCGAGCAGCUUCAGUACCGUUCACAAGUCGCAGGAUUCCCCAACAUUGCCGGUGUCCAGUGUGACAGACAGCAGCUUCUACAGCAGUUCACAGACGGGUCACUGUGCGGGGACAGCGUACGCACAACUGGCAUCUUAUUCCUAUCAUCCUGGUACAGUGGGUAAUGUUCACUACAGCCCAAAGGCUUACGAUUUAGGCUACGCUUCGUCCUAUGGCGCUUAUGGAACGUAUGGACCCAGUUCUUCACCAACUCCAACCGAACCAGAGAAAGAAGAGAGUGAGCCAGAGGUGCGUAUGGUGAAUGGAAAGCCAAAGAAAGUCCGGAAACCGCGAACCAUCUACUCCAGUUUCCAGCUGGCGGCUCUCCAGCGCCGAUUCCAGAAGACCCAGUACCUCGCGCUCCCAGAACGCGCCGAGCUGGCGGCGUCUUUGGGCCUCACACAGACCCAGGUAAAGAUAUGGUUUCAGAACCGACGCUCAAAAUUCAAAAAGUUGUGGAAAAACGGCGAGAUUCCGCCAGACCAGCAGGUUGCCGCCGGUGACUCUCCCUCUAGCAGUCCUCCACCACAGGCAGGUUGGGAUUUCCCACCGAACCAGACACCGAGCGACGGGGACACCAUUUCAGAGCAGCCCACCGGGCCACCAAACCCCACCGCACCAUCGUUUUUGACAAACUAUUCAUGGUACUCAUCCACGAAUACGGUCACACAUCUACAGCCCAGUACCUUAAUACAGCCCCAUCACAGCUCUGCCAUGAGUGCUGGGACCAUAUUCUAACAGAGACUCAAAUGGCCGAAUACACCUGUUGUAGGAGGAUAUAGGCCUAUUCUGUCACUGGACUUGUGUCUUAGGAAAACAUUAACUCUAAAAUCUAUUUUCAGGCUGGGUUUGCUAAAGAUGUUUGCCGUGGAUUUCUUUGGCGCCACUAAUGCGCGCAGGCAAUGCACAUUAAAUUAUUUUUCUAUUUAUUUAUUUGUUUUCGUUAUAGUCAAAAUGAAAGGGGGAAUCAGAUGUUUAUUUCACAUUCUAAGAACAAACGGGUAGCUUUUUACGUUUUGUACAGAAUAUAUUAGAUUUAGUGUAAACAAAAAAAAUGUUAAAAUGCUUAUAACCUGCAGUCAUAAUUAAAUGUGCGUUUUACUAUGAGUUUAACGUUUGGUUCUUUGAUUGUCGUUUCAAGUUGUUUUUGGUUUUUCAUCUAAGCCUGUAUACCCAUGCAGACUUUUCCUGUGCAUAUCUCCGUUUCUUUUGCACACGUAAUGCAUGUGUGAUUAUUCGGUAGAACGAAUCCGAUCCUAUUUAAUCCUUUGUAAAUGUUGUUGGUGAGGAGGUAUCCUGCACCUCAGGGCAUGAGGGGGACGCCUGGCACUCGGACGCGUCUUGGCAUGCGCAGAAGGAGAUGCGAGGGCGUUCCGCGUGCGGCGAGGGCUCUUCCCACUCCAGACUCUCUGGAGUCAGCUCGCUCCUCUUCCAGACGUUUUAUGAACGCCACUCAACCAGAGAAAAAAUACAUAAAACCGCCUCAAGCAGACCGCCCUGGAAACAUUCUCCUCGAGUCCUCGCUUCCAGCUCCAGCACAGCCUUGAGCUAUUCUUGCACGGGGACACGCAGUUUCUCAUAGCUUAAUUGCCUCAGGUCUUUACAGGGUCAAGGACAAAAUUUCUGGAACUAAAAUAUUUAGUGGAAUAGGUGGGAGACCCAUAAGGGCAAAAUAUCACUUGCACCAAUUUUACAAAUUAAUAUGAGGCUUUUGCUCAUGUUUCAUAUUAUACAGCACCUGUAAUCUAGUCCAUGUAUGUUUAUUUGUCAUUGUAUAACUGGGAUUAAAAGUUGCUUUACCUAACUGUAAUUAAGGCAAAUCCAUAUUACACAUGGAUUGCACAUUUGCUUUAUUAGGCCCUCAAAUCGUGUGAAUAUUUUUGUAUACAUUUCUUGAAUGAUUAA